AUGUAUGCUUGUAGCAAGCGAACGUCGCAGUCGGCCAGGCACGGCGAGGAUGCAGCGGCUGGUUCUCAGCUAUACGUAUCGUCAUAUGCUGUCCCGCAACCGGCGACUGCAGCCGGUGCUUCAAGAGCGGUACCACCGAUUAUUCGACUGCUCGACAACGAGGGAAAAUUGACUCACAUUGCUGUCGCCGAGAAUAACAGUUAUAAAUUAUAUCGCGUUAGUGAGGCAGGCGCAAAUGCAGCACAAAUGCAAGAAGCCGGUCAUGCGGUGUCCAGCAUCACAGACACUUCAAAAACUGCUGACUCAUCUGCGAAGAGUUCGUCGCCCGAAGGAAACUUGGCAACAGCAGGUUUGGUGAAGACAGAAACCGUAACGCCGAGCUGUAGCGCUAAUUAUAUCAUCGAGAAUGUGCCAGCCGAGCAAACUUUGGGAGCUUUGGUGGGCAUGCGGAAGUUCAUUAAUCCUCAGCGCUAUGGUGGAUCUACUACAUACACGCGAGCAGUCGAGCUUGUGGAUGCUUCUGGCGCACAACUGGACAGUUCGAGCAGUUUUUGCAUGCGGUCGCGAAGUGAAAUCAGAGAAGAAGUGAAAAGACUCAUUCGUUGCGUGAAAUCCAACCACAUAUCCCGAGAAGAGGCGCUGAAGCAGUUGUUUGAAUAUAUUGCUAUGGAUUCAUCAUCAUAUGUGCUAUCCGGCACAAAGCUGCUCCCUUAUUCCGAUGCGAAUUCAUCGAAAUUCAUGCCAACUGGUGCGAAGGUGGAUGGCAACAGCAGCGGGAAUAUGUCAAACACUACGGAUUUUGGAGUUGCUGUAGAACCGUCAGUGCAGAAGAAUGCUGAAGAAGGAAGCGAACCAUUCACAAGAUUAGUUGACGAGGAGGGAAAUAUGAAUAUUGCAAUUGCUGAAGGCCAUGGCUAUCGAGUUUAUCGGUGGAAUAAAGCAACUGAGGGUCAAGAAGUGUACAGCUGCAUGGACUGCGAGUCGUUACGUAGAACAAAGAACGAUCCGGUAAGCGAGUUUUGA